AUGUCUUCCUCUGAUGCGGUCCCGGCACCUGGCCCUGCACACAAUGGGGUUCCUGAUCUUGACAUCCCCAAACUACAUGCCCUCCCCUCCGAACAACAGGAGCUGUACAUACUUACCUUCACCUCCGACCUAGUCCAGUACAUAUCGAGAUUGGAAGCCGCAGAAGUUACAGCAAAGCAGAAAGAUCUCAAAAGGGAAUUGUUCAAGAUCUUGAACAUCUCAUCACCGACCAUCACUCGAGUCCUCCGCAACAAUCUAGGGCGAUGUUUUGGCGCAAUACUCAGCAAAGGGGAUCGCGGGAUCCUCUUCGAAACCAUCACCGACCUCUUGGCCAUUUUGAACGCUGGCAAGAGUGAAGCAGAAUUGAAGACAAAGUUCGCUGCAGCGCAUUGUCUGGGAGAGGUCUUUGCGACAGCCGGUGACAGCGCAUUCAUGCAGUCCAAUGUCGCAACAACGGGUGCCCUCAAAUUAUUAAAAUCAGCAAGCAACCAUACUGGUCUCAGGGGAGUGAUCUUUUCAGUGCUGCGAAAGAUCGUUGUUGGACUCGGGGUUCCGAUCGACGAAGGAACCGCUCGCGACAUCUGGAAACAGGCCCGAAAUGCUGCCACCAGCGACAAAUCUACUUUUGUCCAAGUCCAUGCUUGUCGCUGCCUGGAGCAGUUGAUUGCUACGACUCCAUUUUUCGAUAACACCAAUGACUUCGACCACCUCAAAACACUUGUGUGGAAGGUCAUCGACAGCCCCGCUGCGCCGGUGCGGCACGCCAUAGCUGCGGUUCUCGGUCGGGCUCUGAUUAAUCUACAUGCUACGGAUGCGCACAUUACGACUGUCCCCAAACCGAAAUCGAAGAAGGCGAAGCGGAUGUCCAAGAAACCUGGCGUGGGGCUUGGAGAGGAGGACGAGGCGGAGAUGUCAGAGUCCUCUGCGCCAAAGAAGCCAGACUCCCGUCUGUAUUUCCUUCUUCCAGAUUUGUUGAAACAGCUUUCGUCCCAAUAUUUGAAGAGCACCACCUCUAACCGCUCACGUGCCGGGAUCUGUAUAUGCUAUAAAUACGUUCUGCGCAAUUUGGGGGACAAGAUUGUUGAGGAUCGCUAUGGAGAAAUAGCGACCAACUUGCUUGUGGAUCUAUUGAACCACCCAACCGUUACAUAUAACCGGUUCCGCCUACUCAUGACCAGGAAGUUUGUUAAGAGCAUCCUUGAAGAUACCAUUGGUCAGGAACUCUUGCGCGAGAACAGUCAGCUCAACGCUGCCAGAUGGCUGAUCAAUGAUAUCCUCAAGGACUAUCCUCAAGUUAUCCAGGAACGUCGUGAACCAAGCAAGUACACCUUGGCAAGCGCUGUCAGCGCUCUGUCAGCGUUGAUUUUAUCCCUUGGCUCUGCAUUUAGCGUCCACGCUGAUAGCUGCCGGGAUGCCCUGCUUCAAGUGCUCCCUCAUCCUAAUUACACUGUUCAAGUUCACGCAGCGCAUUGUAUGCGUAACUUUGUUCUCGCUGCGCCCUACCAACUGCUGUCAUGUGUGACGAUCUGCAUGAACAGUCUGAACAGAGAAAUUGGACAGCUAGGUGCACAGCGGCACUCACCUCGCCGGUGUGUUGGUUAUGCGAACGGAUUAUCCGCAAUGCUCAGCACUUCUCGUCUACAGCCACUGUAUGGAGCAGUGGAUGUGUUUGCGCGCGUUUUCACCCAGGCAACUGAUCUUCUCAAAACGAGCAGCACUUCCGAGCUCCGGGUUGCGAGCGUUCAGAUCCAGGUGGCAUGGAUUCUGAUUGGAGGUUUGAUGCCGCUUGGGCCCAGCUUUGUUAAGACCCAUUUGUCCCAACUCAUGCUUCUCUGGAAGAACGCACUCCCUAAACACCUUGGCAGGGAGAAUGCUGCCCAGCCUGGCACCCUUGAGAUCAGUUUCCUCACUCAUGUGCGGGAGUGUGCCCUGAGCUCGUUGCUUGUCUUCAUGGAAUUCAACAACAAGCUGAUCACAUCAGAUGGCGCAAAGAGAAUCAGUGCGAUGUUGCAAAAUACCGUUGAAUUCUUGGAUGACUUGCCUAAACCCAAGGCCAUGGAAGAUAUCUCACAAAGACUGCAUCCCUCUCUGCAAUUACAGGAUUACACGACCUUGGUGCGCCGGCGUGUGUUGCAAUGUUUCUCAAAGCUUGUGCAUGCUCAUCCUCCCAGUCAUGGAGAUAUCAUCUCCCAGUCCAGUCUUCUCAGUCUAGCCAUCUCGUCGUUUGCAGACCCAGAUGCCCAGUACAAGCAACUGGAAAGCUCUAUAUCUGGUUCUGCCGGGCAAUUUGAUGGUCUUUGGGAUCUAUGCGAUAAUUACGGGUUUGGUGUCACUGGACUUUCUCGAGAAUAUCUGCGUGCUACAUUUUCCGGCACGCAGGAGAAUGACAAGCGGCCUGCCUGGUCUGCACUUGAUUCCGUGGAUCAAGUCGUGGAUGACACCCUGGCUUUCCCUAUAUGCCAAGCCAGUGAGCAUGAUGCAGUUCUUCUUUACAGUCUGCGAGACGGUGAUAAGCUUGCUGUUGACCCCCCGACAACUGGAGUUGUAAACUCAGCAAUUGAAUUGUUCUCUGUUGCCCUUGCUCUUCAUUCACCCAAAAUCCAAGAAAGCAGUGUGGAACAGAUCGCUACGUUCCUCAGCUCUCCUGGCCUGCAACGAAACCCUGGCAGGAAAGCGGCGCUAGUCAUCAACAUCUCGGUUGCUCUCCUACAAGCCCUCAAAGUCGCUGUCAAGGAGACAGGAUUCGUGGCUGGCAAGCUCAACCCCUCCACCGAUAAGAUUAUGCAAGAGCUUCUUCAGAAAUUCGUCAUCGAUGCCGAUCCUAUUGUCCGCACGAUCGGCGCUGAAGGAUUAGGCCGGCUUUGCGAUAGCGCUGGCAAUGCAUGCACUAAUACACAAGUCAACUGGCUUGUUGACACCAUUGUCGAGAACAGAGAGCCCAAUGCCAGAGCUGGCUGUGCCGCCGCUUUAGGAUGCAUCCAUGCUCAAAUUGGCGGAAUGGCAGCUGGUCUGCACCUCAAAACCAUUGUUGGCGUGUUAAUGUCUCUAUGCAAUGAUCCCCACCCAGUUGUACAUUUCUGGGCACUUGGGGGCUUGGAAAGAGUCGCUAACUCUGCUGGUUUGACAUUCUCGCCUUUUGUCUCUGGCUCUUUGGGGAUGCUGGCCCAGCUCUACAGCGCCGACACACACAACGAGGAGGCAGCCGCAUUGGCGACCUCCAACAUUGAAAUGUCAUUCUUGACACCAGUUGUAAUCAGUCGAUGUGUAGACGCUCUCAUCAAUGUUCUUGGGCCGGACUUGCAAGACAUUGCCAAGACUCGCAAUCUUAUUUUGACACUGCUUCGCCAGUUUCAGUUGGAAGAAAACCCAGCACUGGUCACAGAAAGCUCCAGAUGUCUGGACCAUCUAUCAAUGUAUGCCUCGAGUUAUGUGGACCUUGCAGGAUAUAUGAAACGAUUGCAAACCGAGCUUCGGGCAAACAACAUGAUGAUGCGAGAUGUAGCUGUCCGUGGACUUAACAACCUGAUGAAGCGAGAUGCAUCCUCUGUCAUGCAGACUGUAGGUCAGUCCUUGGAAGAUGACAUCUGGCUCGCAUUCGAUGAAACCCCGAACAAUAAAUCGAUCAAAUCAAUGAUCCAAGAUUGGCUACAGCAGACUGCUUUGACAGAAACCGAGUCGUGGAUUCAACGGUGUCAAAAUAUCAUGACCAAAACGCGCCAUAAGGCAGAGCCAUUGCCUACCACGGCCAUUCAAACCGCCGCUGCAGACAUUCCCGAUGACGAGGUUGCUGGCUUUGCUUCAGCUGCCGCAGAAGGACAGGGCGACGUUGCGAAUGAAAGCAUAUCUGGCCAAGAAUUGUUGAAAUGGCAGACUCGCAACUUUGCCAUGAGCUGUCUUUCUGAACUUCUUGCUACUGUUCAAGAGGCAAUCUUGCCGGACUCUGCCAUUCCAGCGGAGCUGGCUCUCCAGAAAAACGUGGGAGAUAUUGUGAGAAUGGCCUUUUCAGCAUCCACCGCGAACGUUAUUGAGUUGCGCGUAUGGGGAUUGAAGAUCAUCGACCAGGUUCUUACCAUGUUUGGCAAGACACCUGACCCAGACUUCGCUGAGGCCUCGCUACUUGAGCAAUACCAGGCCCAGAUUGGAUCUGCCCUUACCCCUGCCUUUGCUGCUGACUCGUCCGCGGAGCUGGCCUCUGAAGCCAUUAAUGUUUCUGCUACUUUCAUUGCAACAGGAAUCGUCACCAAUGUCGACCGCAUGGGGAGAAUUUUGAAACUCUUGGUGUUGGGUCUUGAGAACUUCGCGAAGAACCCGCAGACUACUGAAAUCGGUGACCUUAAAGGCCUAAACUCCAAUGCGCGAGUGAUGGUAAAACUCGCUUUGUUCUCGGCUUGGGCCCGUCUUCAAGUCGCUAGCAUCGAUCAUGAGUACCUGACUGAGGUUGUCCAGCCUUAUAUUGCAAAACUCACACCUCUCUGGCUGUCUUCUCUUCAAGAGUUUGCUCGCCUGCGCUUUGAACCAGAUAUCUCCGGUAGCUUAGGGACAAUCUCAAGCAGUGAUCUGGAUGAGGUGUAUGCUGCAUUGAACCGUGAGACCCUAUUGAAGUUCUACCAAGACACGUGGUUGUAUUUGGUUAAUGCAAUUGCUGGGCUCGUUGAAAAGGAUAUCGAUUUCGUGUUUGAUGCCUUGGAUGGCAAGUUGCAGCUACCCGAGCCCAGUGGCGCGGAGGAUGAGAAGAAAGAAGAGAAAGCCCUCAAGAAGGAAGGGAAAGGACAUGACAUUAAUUACCGCGAAGAGCCCGUUGCCUUCUUCUUUGUCUUAUUCGGUUUGGCUUUCGAAUCUUUGGUUGACCAAGGAACCUCGGCGUCACAACGAUUAGAAAUUCUUCAGGCUCUGAAGAGGAUCCUGAGGCCAGUCAUUUCUGGAAAUGCCAUCUACCAGGAUGCAAUCUUCACGGAGACUAUGGACAGCUUCGCUCGUCUUGUAUUGACCGAAACUACUCCAAUCCAAACGGUCAUUGUUGAAAUUGCCCAGAAUUUAUCACUGGACCACCCGGCAGCAAAGGGUGACCAGGAGCGCAGUGAUCAUCUUUCCGAUGACAUUGAACAACUUUUCGAGCUCACGCGAAGUAUCAUUCUCGUACUUGCCGGCAUGCUUCCCAACCUUCGGGAAUCAACACCACUUGCACGAUUCAACGUCACUUCGGAUGAGUCUUUGUCUCUGAUUCGUUUGGCACUUCGCUCCCUCGUCGAUGUUGCAUCCGUCUUCCCAUCCAUUAUCCGCAAUGAUCUCCACGCUUGCAUUCUUCACAUUUUCACUACCAUUCUCGCCACUGGCAUAUGUCAAGCAGGGGUUGUGCCCCAAGCCCUUCCCAUUUUCAGGCAGUUUGUUCACGGGAUCACCCACGCCACGGAAUCGUCCGAAGACCUUGAUGUCGUGUCAUUCCAGCUUCGGGGAUGUCUCACGCGUUUCCUGACCAUUCUCACCAUCGCCCAGCGACGUGAAUCGGAUAUUUCCAUCCCCUGCGCCAAGAACACACUACUCGCCAUCACCUUCCUCCUCACUGCCGGCGCACACGUCAUCCCACCACAGGAGCCAGUCCUGAUUCGAGUACUGGAUGAGCUGCUUGACUGUCUUCAGGAUGUCGGCCUUGCCACUGUGGCAGCCAGCUGCAUUCGUUCGAUCCUCGUCAAGCCAGGUUCUCGUUCCAUCACUGAUGAAGUGAUCAGCCGAUACCUUGUCCCACGACUGAUCGCCUUCAUGAUUGGCUGUCCCUUAGACAACGGCGAUAUCCCCAGCGACCCCGAAAACUCACGCACAGUGGUAGCUCGCACUCUCGUCUCUUGCAUUUCCAACGCCACCUUCUCCCCAUCUGAACUUCCAGCUGCUCUUUCCCUCAUCAUGUCAGCCUUACUGGCACGCGCCAAGCGUGAAGGCGAGUCGGUGCACAAGGAAUCCGCCGGCCAUCUCCUCGAGCUUGCCAAGGCCGACCAGCUUACUUUCCGUUCGCUUGUUGCAACUAUGAAGCCAGAACAGAAAUCUCUUCUCGAGGAGGUUCUCCGUAGUGCGGGUAUUGGAGCUGGUGCCUCCAAGACUGGCGCUGAAGCGGCAGAUAAUGCCCCCCAGGCUGCGCCGAGUAUAGCAUUGCGUAUGGAUUUCUAG